UCCUCCUGCCUCAGCUUCCCAGAGUGCUGAGAUUAUAGGUUUGUACCAUCUCACCUGCCUCAAAUCUGAACAAUACUUUAAAUUAGAACCCUUUAUAAUAAAGUCCCAAAAUGUACCUACCCCCCAAGCUGAGGGGGCACUCCCAGCUCUGUCCCCACUGGGGCUUCUGGUGCCAGGGUCCACUCUAGGUUCACCCCCAGCUCUCCCUUCCUUAGAGGAGAUGUAGAGGUGAGAGGCUGUCCUGAUGAGGGCCGCUGUGGCUUCCAGAAUCCUCAUGCACCCCCUUCGGAAGUGUGUGAGUGGGAGAGAUUUUCCUCAGUGUCUUUAGGAGUUCUUAGGAGGGGUUGGGGAGUUUGUGAAGCUCCCAGAAUGAGCGGCUCCCCGUGUGUUGUGGGAUUUGUUCCCACAGAGAACGUGGGUCCCUUAAGGUUUCUCAGGUGGGUCUUUGACCCAAGAGGAUUAAGGAGCUUGACCUUGCAUGAUCCGUGUGGGUCCCAGGGUGCCUUCCACAAAGUGAGUCACAGUUCUGAGGGGCUCUUUUCUGUGUUGGAAGGCACCCUCCAGACGCCUGGGUGCUCUAGGCCUCCCUCCCUGCCCACUUCUGUGGUUUUGGCCUGGAGGGCCCGACUGGCUACUUCUGCACCGUGGCAGACAGUCAGGUUCUGGGCUCAUUCCUGCCCUGGGGUCCCUUCAAAGCCCCACCAUCUCCCUUUCUUCUCCAUCCCCCUGUGCACCCCUCCACCUCAACAGUAGUCUCUUUAUCUGCAGGCCUCUAGAGACCUUCAGUAAUUCUGCUUAGCCCUCCAGUUUCGGCAGCAGGGGUAGGGGGCACGCCGGAGCUGAGGUAGAAGUGUGGGAGGGGUAGUUUUCUAGGCCGUUGCCACGGCGAUGCCACCUGAGUUGGGCCCAGGCACCUGUUGCCUGGGGAACUGUGCGGGCGGGGCCCUUCCCCUGGGAGCCACCUGGGCCACUGGGCUGAGGCAGGAGAAGGAUCAGAUUCCAGAAAGUGUUGGGGGGUGGCUGGCUGGAUACCGUGGAGGACAGGGCACAUUUGCAUCAUGAAAUGGGGCAGAGGGAUGGCCAAGGCCGGGGAAGGGUCAGUCCCAGGCUGUACCCUUGGCCCACCCUAUCCCCAGCCAGUUACCCUCCGCCUUGUCCUCCGUCUUCCCAUUCCUUUGUCUCUGGGUUCUGCAAUGAUGUUUGUCCUCCCGGUCCCACCUGCCUUCAGUACCAUGCACCACUGACCUCCCCAUUCCCCCCCACGACUUGCUGUGGUCCAAUCCUGGCCUCCUACUGCUUGCUCUGCUCCUCCCUCGCUGGGGCCUUAAAACCCCGCCUGUAGCUGGAGCCUGCAGAGGCCCCAGGUGACACCACAGAAGGUUCACCGCUCUCCAGUGCGCCAGCUGGGAGGGAACAGCGCUCUCCUCAGGUCUGAAGGAGCCUUUUUGAGCUGGGCCCAGAUGUGACUGCGGGGUGUCCAAAGGGUGACAGCCACUCAUCAGAUACAAGCCACUCAGCUGAGCAGGACCAAGGAACAGGACUGUGGUGAGUGAGCAGCAGGCACCAACCUGUGAGAGGCCCACACUUGUGAAGACUGUUCUGGGCGGAAGACAAAGGGUUCCCUUCCUCCUGGGCAUCGAGGACCCCCCCAAACACAUCCGAACCCCUGCAGAGUCAACCCUGCUGUCUGAGGCUGAGAAGACGGACCAGAAGGGCAGAUGGCUUCAACUGGCCUUGAACUCCUGGGCAUGACCCUGGCCGUGCUGGGCUGGCUGGGGACCCUGGUGUCCUGUGCGCUGCCUCUGUGGAAGGUGACCGCUUUCAUUGGCAACAGCAUCGUGGUGGCCCAGGUGGUAUGGGAAGGGCUGUGGAUGUCCUGCGUGGUGCAGAGCACUGGCCAGAUGCAGUGCAAGGUGUACGACUCUCUGCUGGCCCUGCCCCAGGACCUGCAGGCGGCCCGUGCCCUGUGUAUCGUAGCCCUCCUGCUGGCCCUACUUGGCCUACUGGUGGCCAUCACGGGCGCCCAGUGCACCACGUGUGUGGAGGACGAGGGUGCCAAGGCCCGCAUUGUGCUUACUGCAGGGGUCCUCCUCCUCCUCUCAGGCAUCCUGGUGCUCAUCCCUGUCUGCUGGACAGCCCACGGCAUCAUCCAGGACUUCUAUAACCCGCUGGUGGCUGAGGCCCUCAAGCGGGAGCUGGGGGCCUCCCUCUACCUGGGCUGGGCGGCAGCUGCACUACUCAUGCUGGGUGGGGGGCUCCUCUGCUGCACAUGUCCCCCACCCCAGAUGGAGCGGCCUCGUGGCCCCAGGCUGGGCUACUCCAUUCCCUCCCGCUCUGGUGUAUCUGGGCUGGACAAGAGGGACUAUGUAUAAAGUAGAUUUCUUGGGGAGCCAGCAUUUGAGCUUCAGUUCUACCUUUGUCCCCCCCACCCCCGAAAUCCAUUCUUGUAAAGCUGAUAACCUGGCUCAGGGUCAGUCUCAGCUGGCCUGGCUAGGCCAACCCUCAGUAGUCCCCACCUCACUGAACCAGGGCCAAAGCUGUUGGGUACCCUUGUCCGUGCCUGUGUCCUCUGUAAUGACUCUCUUCUGCUGUCCAGGACAUGAGCUUUCCCCUGCCUUAGGAACCUGGGAUCCACUGAAAGGAUAGCGGCUCCUUGUCUCCAAAAUAAGGAGCCAGACUUGUCCUGGAGCUGGUCCAUUCUGGCCCAGCCAAUACCUGCAUCUAACACACCUGGGGCCAGGGAUGGAGCUCAGCGGACGCUGUGCCGGCCUGGCAAGUGUAAGGUCCUGAUUUCAAUCCCUGGUAUGAACAAGAAAAUUCUUACGAGACUAAGACACCUGGGGCCAGGUUCUCUGGGAGCAGGCA